UUCAUGAUGACUAGUUUUAUUCUUGCACACUUUUCGCAUAAGAGGCUACAUAAAAUAGCCUCUUAUAAUCAUUUUGGAGUACGUGGGAAACCUUACAAGUUACCGAACCUUUUCUUGAAAACAGGAAAAGUAUUACCGUUGCGAAAGCUUUCUUGUCAAGUUUUUGAAAUUACUCGGGAUAAGCCGGCAGUUAAAGUUGAUGAACUAAGCAAAUCAUUUAAAAUUGAAAAGAGUCGGGAUAGCAAACAACCCUCUCGUGUUGAUUCAGUGAAACAAGUUUCUUUUGUUGCUCGUCAAGGCGAAGUUUUUGGUUUAUUGGGACCUAAUGCCUCUGGAAAGACCACUUUAUUGCGGUGUUUGGCCACUUUGAUUGCACCUGAUUCGGGAACAUUUGAAAUAUUUGGAGUGAAUGGAAUAAAACAUCCCGAUAUCAUUCGUCACAUGUUUGGAUAUGUGGGACAAGAGGAAGGUUUUGACAAGGUACUCACUGGAAGGGAACAUUUGAAACUCUUUGCUGACUUGUAUCACUUAUCUCGUGAAGAGUCUUGCCAUAAUAUCGAAGCUGUUAUUCAGAUGUUGAACUUGGAGGAGUUUAUUGAUCGUUUGACUGGAACUUAUUCCGGUGGAAUCAAGCGUCGAUUGGAUUUGGCAAUAGCGCUUUUAUCUCGUCCUCCAUUAUUGAUUCUUGACGAACCCAGUGUUGGUUUAGAUGUUGCUAGUCGUAGUAUUAUAUGGGAUGUUCUCAAAGGGUAUAAAGAGAAUGGAGGUUCAGUGGUUUUGACGAGUCAUUAUUUGGAAGAAGUCGAUAUUUUAGCCGAUCAAGUUUUGAUCAUUGAAAAAGGGAGGGUCAUUGCUCAAGGUCGCCCAAGAGACUUAAAAGAGUCUUUAGGAGGUGAUCGGGUUACUAUUCGAAUCAAAGAAUUUACUCCAUUCGAAGAAUCCAAAGCUGCUUUGGAUAUUUUGUUAAAGAGUGAAUGGGUGCAUGGAGGAAAUAUUAAUCUUUCUAUGGGUAAUGCCAUAGAGUUAGUUGUUUCUUCUGGUGAUAUGGUAGCCAAUGGUAUUCAAAAAGUAUUACGUGAAAGAGGUUUUCAAGUAUUUAGUUAUACACAAAGUAAGCCAAGUCUUGGUGAUGUUUAUUUAGCAGCUACUGGACGCACUUUAUUCGAAGCAGAUAUAGUGGGUCGUGACUCGAGAGAUCCAAAGCGUAUCAAAAAAGAAAGAAUGACCAUUUAGUUGAGUGUUCAAAACAAUAUUUUGUUGUUGCAUAAAGA